AUGUCAUCUAAGCUUUUCCAGCCGCUCAAAGUCGGCCAAGCGCAAUUAUCUCACCGCGUGGUGAUGGCGCCCCUCACCAGAUUCCGAUUCGAUGCUGACCACAUCCCCCUUGAUAUCGCUCUCGAAUACUAUGUCCAGCGUGCUUCAGUCCCCGGUACUUUGAUCAUUGCUGAGGCCGUCCUGAUCUCCCCCGCUCACGGUGGUUUCCCCAACGCCCCGGGAAUUUGGAAUGAGCGCCAGAUUGCUGGCUGGAAGAAGAUCACCGAUGCUGUUCACGAAAAGGGCAGCAGCAUCUUCUGCCAGCUCAUUGCGCCCGGUCGCGCUGCUGUCGUACCUGUUUUGGAGAAGGAGGGCGGAUACCCUCUGUUGAGCUCAAGUGCCGUUCCCAUCGAUGCCAACUCCCCGGUUCCGCGCGAGAUGACGGCCGAGGAGAUUGCGCAGGCCGUCAAGGACUUUGCGCAGGCCGGCAGAAACGCCAUCGCCGCCGGAUUCGACGGCAUUGAGGUCCACGGAGCCAACGGCUAUCUGGUUGAUCAGUUCCUUCAAGAUACCUGCAACAAGCGCACAGAUCAAUGGGGCGGAAGCGUGGAGAACCGGGCUAGGUUCCCCAUUGACGUCGCCGCUGCGUUGGUCGAUGCCAUCGGUGCCGACAAGGUGGGCUUCCGAGUCAGCCCGUGGAGCAACUUCCAAGGCAUGAGAAUGCAGGACCCUGUGCCUCAGUUUUCAUACUUGGCACAGAAGCUCAAAGAUCUCAAGUUGGCUUACCUGCACAUCAUCGAAUCCCGCGUCAACAACUGGCAAGAUAUUGAAAAGGUGGAGGGAAUUGAGUUCCUUUUGGAAAUUUGGGACAACGUUUCGCCUGCCCUGGUUGCUGGCGGUUUUACUCCUGAACUGGCGAAAAGAGCCGUGGAUGAGGAGUACGCCAAGUGGGAUGUCGCCGUUGUUUUCGGCCGCCACUUUUUGGCGAAUCCGGACCUCCCGUUCCGGAUCAAGCACAACCUGCCGUUGAACAAAUACGACCGGGAGACCUUUUACACCCCGUCAAUCCCGCAAGGCUACACCGAUUAUCCCUACCACCCUGAGUUCAAGCCAGGAACGCCUUUGGCAUGA